ACGAUCCCUCAUUUCACUCACUUCCUUUUCCUUUACUCUUGAAUUUAUGUUGAGUUUUUUGCGUUCAACUUGAUUUGAAUUAAAUUUAAUUUGAUUUUGUGUUUAUAUCAAUUUAAUUUACUGUAAUUAAAAGUGAAAUUAGGUGACCAUGCAAAUCUUUAUUCGUGGAGAAAGUACCUUCGCCUUCGAAGGAAAUAAUAUUGAUGAUUUACAGGAACACAUUGCCGAGAUUGAAGGUUUACCUAUUGAGGAUCAAAUUCUCUAUUGUAAUGGUAGAAUUAUUGAUGAUUUCAAUUGGUGUGAAGUAGCUGAUGGUGAUGAAAUUACAGUUGUUGGUAGACUUCUCGGUGGUAAAGUACAUGGAUCUCUUGCUCGUGCUGGUAAAGUUAAAGGUCAAACACCAAAAGUAGAGAAACAAGAGAAAAAGAAGAAAAAGACUGGCCGUGCCAAGCGUCGAAUGUUGUACAAUAAAAGAUUCGUAAAUGUUGUACAAGGAUUUGGUAAAAAGAGAGGACCAAAUGCCAACCAAUAAGGAUUGUUAAUUGUUUAAGAUUGGCUUCCAUGUUCAUUGGCAUUCGCAUACACAAAACAUCAACAAGUUAUAUAAUCUUAUUCAUUUCUAUAUUGAACGUAUAAAUAAAAGCGUUUAAUUGUCACUAAAA